AUGAGGAUACAGCCCAGCCCAACGUUGGUAAACCCUAUCCCGCACUCCCAUUGCCGCCGCCCCCACUACCUCCCCGUGGCGCGCCGCCCCCGCUCAAGCCGGAAGUCCCCGCCCCUAUCCCGACGCCCUACUCCCCUCUACCGAACGGUGCGAGGCGAGGCGCUCUCGGUGGCGGCGCAUCGCGCGGGAGGACAAGGACAAAAUUUGGGGGAGAGGCUCGCCGGAACCCUAGCCACUGCCGUCAUCGUCUUUGGCUCCGGUCGACACAGAUCUAGGAGGAGGAGGAAGAAGAGGAGGAGGAAGAGGAGGGAGCAGGGCGCGACCUGGGGGAGGCUGCAGAGGGAGCAGCGGCCGGGCUGGGGCGGUGGCGGAGGGAGCAGCGGCCGGCGGGGAAGCAACGGCCAGGCAGGGUUCCUUCGAGGCGACGGCGGCGGCGGGUGCUUGCUUGUGCGGGUGCGAGCGAUGGCCUGGGUGCGGUGCGAGCGAUGCAGCUGGGUGCCAUCAACUUGGAAGAUGGCAGAUGAGGAACAAGCCCUAAGCUCUAGGAAGAGGGUUGCAGGUACCCAAAUCAACAAGGAUAAUCCUGAGCCUGAUGAUGAUGGACCAGAGCAAGAGAUGGGUACAUUUAAGAAAGCUACUGAGGAAGUUAUGGCAACCCGGAGAAUUGUAAAGGUUCGGCGCCAGCAGACUUCAUCAGCUCCUUCUAAUCCUUUCUCUGCAAUCAGAUUUGCCCCCACUGAUUCUGGUGCUCAAACAAGUGCCCCUGUCCCAGAGGCCCAACCUUCAGAUGUCAAAGCUGAUGAGGGAAGUAAUGGUAAUGGGAAAGAUACUUUGUCUGUGCCAGACAAGAAUGUAGGCUCUGGUGUAAAUACUGACUCCAGUGCCACAACUGAAGCACCACCGCAACCUGUUGAAACCAGUGACAAGGCAGAAGACACAAAGGAUGAAUCUGGUGGAGACAAAGUGGUAGUUGGAGAACCCAACGAAGGUAGCUGCAUGCCAUCUGAAGUUGAGGGCAAACCAAAAGAGGACGAUGCUGAAGAAACAGAAGGGGCAGAUGAAGCUGGGAAUAAUGAUAAAAUUAGCAAGGAUGAUACGGAGAAGAAAGAUGGAGGUGAAUCAGAGACCAAGGAUGGCCUGUCUGAUGAGCAGAGAGAUGCUGAUAAAAUUGGCAAGGAUGAUACUGAGAAGAAAGAUGGAGGUGAAUCAGAGCAGAAAGAUGCUGAUAACAAAGGGCAGGCAUCAUCAACGACACCCCUUUUCUCGUUUAAGAAUCUGACAAGUGGUCAAAAUGCUUUCACAGGUCUGACCGGAACUGGAUUUUCAAGCACAUCAUUCUCGUUUGGCUCAGCCUCUAAAGAUGGCUCAAGUGCUGGUCCCCUAUUUGGGCUGAAAGCUGAUGCUUCUUCGUUCCCUUCUUUUAAUCUUGGUGCUGCUAACAACGGGAGUUCCGCCACAGCGCUUGCUACUUCAGCAGAGGCACCCAAGAAAUUUGCUAUGACCGAGGGCCCUGUUGAAACCGGUGAAGAAAAUGAGAAGGCUGUAUUUACUGCUGAUUCUGCUUUGUAUGAGUACCUAGAUGGGGGCUGGAAAGAAAGAGGAAAAGGUGAACUGAAGCUGAACGUCCCUGUAUCGGGCAGUGAGAGAGCCCGGCUCGUCAUGAGGACAAAAGGCAACUACCGGCUGGUCCUGAAUGCAAGCCUCUACAACGACAUGUCACUCAAGGACAUGGACAAGAAGGGCGUGACAUUUGCCUGCAUGAACAGCAUUGGGGAGUCACCGAGCAGCCUUGCCACAUUUGCUCUGAAGUUCAAGGACACAGGCACCAGGGAGGAAUUCAAGGAUGCGGUGGAGUCUCACAAGACAAGCAAGGAACCGGACGCUCAGCUGAAUACGCCCGAGAACUCUCCGAAGGCAGCAGAAGUCUGA